AGAUAUCCCUCCGCGCUCAUUUGCAUAGCCCCUGAUGGCGCUAGUAGGGCUUGUUGAUUAGCGGACGACAUCAAACAGCCACAACAAGUGGGAAACUUCGCCAACUUUCGUGAGAGUGGAUAUUACUGUGUUUUGUGUUUCGUGGAAAAAUUGGAUUGAUAUGGAUUUGACGUAAGCAAGCUUCUCCUAAUUCCUUCCAAGAUGACGACCAUCAUUGAUGACUUGGAGAGUUAUCUCCCCGCCAACUGCCCGAACCCAUACUAUGACACCUGGGACAGACACAACAGUAUUGCAUUCUCCAAGACCAAGGGUUUACGCAAUGCACCUGGAGAAAACAACUGCUUCCUGAACAGUGCUGUGCAGGUGUUCUGGCACUUGGAUGUGUUUCGACGAAGCUACCGAUGCCUCACAGGCCAUGUGUGCAUGGGCAACUCCUGUAUAUUCUGUGCACUGAAGGUAAUAUUCACACAGCUUCAGUACAGUGAUCAGACAUCACUCCACCCGGAUGCGCUCCGCAAAGCUUUGGCGGAAACGUUCGCCAACCAGCAGCGCUUUCAGUUGGGUCACAUGGACGAUGCUGCAGAGUGCUUUGAGAACAUCCUACGCCGAAUCCACCUCCACAUCGCCAACGACCACAGUGAGGAUGACUGCACGGCACCCCACUGUCUACCACACCAGAAGUUUGCCAUGUCGGUCUGCGACCAGAUCGUGUGUCCAUGUGGAGCAAGUUCCAAGCCCCACAACUUCCAGGAGAUGGUGCACUAUGUGACUGCCAAUAAUCUUGUGUCCCAGGCCCGCGUCAUGCAGAAGAGUGGUGAUAUUCUCCACCCAGACAGGUUCGGUCUUCUACUGAGAAGUGCUGUUGCCAUGGGCGACAUUCGUGCAUGUCCUGGUAACUGUGGGAAAAGUGUCCAGAUUCGAAGAACAUUAAAGAGCUGCCCUGAUGUCGUGAGUGUUGGACUAGUUUGGGACUCCGACCAUCCAAGCAUCGAGAUGACAACUGAGGUAGCCCGAAACAUUGGAACAACAAUUAUGUUGCAGGAUGUGUUCCAUUCUGUGCUACUGGACAUGACUUCCCUUCCCAAGCUGCAUCUGGUUGGUGUGGUGUGUUACUACGGCAAACAUUACUCCACCUUCGUAUUCCACAGCAAGCUGAAAGUGUGGAUCUACUUUGAUGAUGCAACAGUCAAAGAGAUUGGUCCCAACUGGAGCCAUGUUGUAGACAAGUGCAUGCGAGGACGCUACCAGCCGUUGUUGCUGCUGUAUGCCAACCCUGCUGCCACUCCUGUUCCCGUGGAGACCGCUAUGAAGAAGAGAACCAUGGCCGAAGGAUACUCUUUCCCUGCAUCUGCAUAUGACGAUAGUGACAGCGGUUUGGACAGGACACAUGAAAGCAUUAAGAGUAUGCCAGCAAGAAGGUCAAGGACACCAAAUCCCGACCAACAUGCAAACACUGAUACAGGCAGACGGGCUGUGACUCCUGGACCAGAGAAUUGGCAAAAUGAUGCAUCCCGACCGUCUGGCAAGCAGAUUCAAGCUGAACAUAAACGCCAACCAAGUUUUUUGUAUGCCAUGUCGGGAAAACCUACAACCAACAAUGCUCAGCCCAUGGUAAAUGGCAGCUACCAUCCAGAGAGGGAUAUUCUGUAUGGUGGACAGUCCUCCGGAAACCUUCAAACUCUUGAGGAGGAUGGUGAUGGCAACUACACUCUGUCCACAAAGGACCCAUUCAGACGACCAUCUCUCAACUUCGAUCCCACCAACUUACCUGUCACACAGGCCAUGGCGAGAGGGAAUGAAGCCUUAAGGAAGGAUAGCUUCAAGAAGGGAAAGGAGAGAGUCCGCAGUGAUGUUGUAAGGUAUCAAGUCUCUCCAACCAGUCAGCCCACUUCACUGGAAUAUCCCAGGGCCCAUCCAAACACCAUAUCAAGUGGGGAAGAUUCAGUCAGCAUUAAUUCUGACAUUGUCAGCCCGAACCAGCACCGUGUAGUACGUCCAAAACCAUCGUCACAUACCUAUGAGAACAUUGAAAACAUGUCGCACAGCCCAGUCCAGUCUGGUCUUGCAACACUGCCCAGAAAGAAGAAGCUAGUGACAGCAGAACAAUAUCGAUCAGAAUCAGAAAUCAAUGUCCUUAACAGACAGAACUCAAUGGGGAACAUUCACAUCAAAGACCAAGUUAAUAAGCCACUGAACAAAAAGGCAGUGCCUAUUCCUGUGUCGAUGCCUGUUAUACCUAACUCAGCCAACAUGAGGCAGGAGGGUCAGCAAGGAGAUUGUGUAGACGGUGGACCACCUUGUCGAAGAGCUGCACCUCCUCCUCCGGGGCAACCUCAGCGACCUGUUCCCCCAGUUCCCAACCAUGACAAGCAGGGCUCAUCCAGCAAGACAACAGAUGGUAAGAAAAGUAAGGUUAAGAAGUCUGCCAAAAAUGGCGAGAAGAGAAAGAACAAGAAGAACAAAGAUGGAGAUUUUGUGGAUGAUCCAAUCAUGUAUAUUGAGCGAAGUAUGGUUGAGAACAUCCUUAAGCAUCAAGGUGUCCAGAGACAGGGCUCUUCUGUCAGUAAUGCUAGUUACACCAGUGGCAGCAGCAUUGAGUCGGACAGUAUGAUCGGCAGACUUCUAGCAGGUCGGAAUGGUGAGGGGAAAAAGGCCUUGAGUGUGGAGAUUCCAUAUGACAAUGUUUCCAUAGGAUCGUACAAAGAUUCUGGUUAUGGCAGCAGUGAUAGGAACAGUUCCAGCUCAACCGGAAGUGAAACUGUUAAUCCUUACUCCGUGUACUUCCUUUCUAGAGGCAUGAUAGUUCCGAAUUCCAUCAAUAACCAUCACCCAGCCUAUGAUCGCUCCCACAGCUUGAAGUCUAGUCCGAGUCCAGACAGUCAUCAUGAUAACCCUAUGUCCGAAGUUAGCAAGCAGGGUCCUCCAACAAUGAAUGGACAAAUGGGAAGUGACCAACAUCAUCAGAAGCACCAUGAUCAGCUGCAUGGCCGGCAGGUUCUGCAUCCCAUCAAGGAGAGGAGUUUUGAGGACACGCUUAGGUCAUCGCCUGCUCCUUUCCAGGAAGCUACCAAAACUGUGGUUGAGGUGCGACGUCCUGGGCAGCCAGCAUCAUCAUCCCCCAGCCCAGCUCCUUCGCCUCCUGAACCCCUACCGACCACUAUGCAGAGGGAAGCCGCUGUGUGCAGUGACCACUUCCUGAUGUUGUGCCACAAGUCAGAUGAUCUGAUGGAUCAGUGCAUCCUGUCUGAGACUGAUGGGAAACUGGAGGAAGCUCAACGCUUCUGUGACAGCGCCUCUGGUUGCCUCCGUGAAGCGAUGAAUCAGAAAAAUAUCACCCACCAGUCACUAGUCUACGCACAAAGGAAGCAUAACGCGUGUCUUCUGAAGGCCCGGAGUCUGGCACUCCGCAUUAACUCAAGGGCCAUGCAGGACAGGUCUGGUGACUCGCAAUGCAACAGCAGGGUGGCCAUGAACAGCAGUGAUUCGGACACGUCGAGUCAAGAUGGCAGUUCAGUCAGGAGUAGCAGUUCCAGAGACAGACUACAGAAGUGUGCUCCAGGCUCUCUGAACCCUAGUUCCUCAUCUCAGUCUCAUCCUAAUAAGGCUCACUUACGAACUGAUAGUGGGUUGUCUCACCACGAUAGACAGGGUAGCAGUUCCUCUCAACAUCACCGGCAGAGCUCCUCCACGCAUGUAGACGUCCCGCAGAAGGAGCUUCGGGAAGAUGUGUAUUCUCAUCAUCCAGUGACUCGGUCCAACUCGGAUCAGUUCACCCAUAACCAUACCAUGGUUCAUUCUCACACAGACAGUAAUCUCUCCGCAAAGUCAGCUUCCUCUCAUGCUUCAAGUCAAUUUUCUGGAUCUCAAGAAAACAUAGACAUUUAUGCGACCCUUCCCCGGAGGAAGAACAAGAAGCCUGUUGAUCCUAAACCCAAAGACGCAGAUGUGUACCAGUCGUAUCUCAAUAAGCAGAAAUCUUUAAAUUCAAAUAUUAGUGUUGACCACAUGCGGACAUCCUCUGGUUCCAGUACACCAAAUUCUAUGGAUGGGCGGGAAUCUGAUUCGGGUAGCUCCACAGGUCGAUCUAGCAAACUAAGCCAGUCAGAGAUCAGAGAUCUUCUGGAGAGGAAGUACAUGAGAAGACAACAAGAACAGAUCAACCAGAGAUUUUCAAAUUCUCAUCGAGAAAGUUCAUCUUCACAGCCUGUUAAUGGAACACCAAGCUAUCCACAUCAACAACAGCUACACCAACAGCAACAGCAGCAACAACCAGCAUCACACCAGCAGCUCCUCAUACUACCCAGGAAGUACACUGUCUUGAGGCAGUCUGGACCAGGGUCCCAGCAAGCAGGCAACAAACCAACUGUCCCUCAAAAGAAUGUAUCAAUGAGUACCUCGAGAGGUCCAUCCAAUGGAUUGCCACCCAAACCAACAUCAUCGUAUGGCAGCCAAUACCUGAAUGUGCCGCAGCAUCAGGGACGGCCGCUUGAACGAAGCGCCUCACAGCCUGACUGUCAGAAACUUGUAGAUUCCUCGCUCGCUAGUAACCCAGGUGGGCGUGGUCCCAGUAAUUCCCGCCGUGGGCGGGGGGAUCUCCAUCCUCCCUCCUCAUGGCCGGGACAGCUCUCCACAAUGCGCCAAAAUUCGGCAAGCCAGCCCGACUUGCGAAGUAACCAGCUGUUGAUUAACGAUACUUCCUAUUGUGGUAGUGAUAACUCGAGCGAGUUGGAUGACGUAAAACCCAACGUCAGUGUCCGUGCUUUAGCAUCCCGCUUUGAAACUGUGACUGUCGAGCCUCAGACCCGCAGACAUCCUGUCCGCAAACAGAACUCUGAUGCAGGGUACAUUGCCCAGCGACAGAGAAGUAAAUCAGAGUCAAACUCAUCUGUCAAAAAACCCAAGUCUGUGUUGAAGAACAAGAAGGCAAAGAACAAUUGGCCAAGAAAAUCUGUGACUUUUUGUGAAGACAUUGCACGAGUGGCAAAUAUUGAAAACUCCAACCUUGGUUAUGAGUCUGCUGCUGAGACAUCAUCGCCAAGGUUACGUGUUGAUGAUAGGGCAUAUUAUAGUGACGAUGAAGAUAGAUAUAGCCACAAACCAGGGUAUGCAGACUCGGAGGUAGAAGACAUGGACAGUUCUAACAGUGACGAGAGCCCUCCUGCAGGGGUGCCUGGAGACCAGUUAUGUCACUUGUGCAGCAAGAGAUGUGUUGUGGUUGGCAGCCAGUUCUGUGUUAACUGCCAGUUCUAUAUGAGCCGUAUGAUGCCCAACAGUCAAUAAUCUGUCCAAUGUAUAUUUAAUCAUAUCCCUCAGGCAGAGCAUUUCUUUAACCCUUUCUUCCAUGGGUAGAAUAUAAACAUUGAAACGUCCCUUUUAUACAUUUUGUGCCAAUGGUAAUUUUUUGGCAUUGUAGGGCAAGGUAAACAGUAUUUAUGAACGUACAUCAAAAUUUUUAAUUUUCUCAGGGAGAAAAAUUAUUAUGACAUCAUCCAUCAUCGUAUACUUUUACCAUUAUGAUGUAUCUUAACAGAGAAAGGGUUAAUGAAUCUGAAUCUAUUUCGUCCAGUGGCGUUGAUGCCAAGUGAUGCCUUGUCCAAUCUGUCCAUUGAUUCUAUGCACUACUACGCUUUUAUUGAUGAUGUGCUAUGCACUCCUUGUUGCAAGUGAUGUACCGGAGCUGCCUUUUGUAAUUCCCUAUAUAUUUGUAAAAUGGGCUUUGGGAUAUUCAUUUUGGAUUUGGGAGUUUGAUGUCAGCUUCUUCUGUUGCUGAUGUAUAAAUGUUUACUUUAUAUGUCUUCACUCAUAUGAUGGGGUUUGGACUCGAUAUGAAGAGAACAAAUGAUAUUAUUAUUAAGUGUUGUCAAUUCUUUGUCUGGUUAAACCAAAGAUAUGAACAAUAGGAAUGUUAAUUGUAUAGAAUGUUGGCAAUUUUUAUGCCAAGCUUUCGUAAAUUGUACAGAUGUUUGUGAAUUGUUUAGUGUGUGUUAAACACAAUGAUGUAAAUACACAACUGUUGUGAAUAUAGGAUGCCUUGACAUGAUCAGUGAGGUACGGAGCAGGGUUAUUAGUGCGUGGGGGGAUAACACACGUAUCACGCGUCAUUGGACUCCAAAUAUCUUCCACCGUAUCAGCAUCAGACAACUGCCAUUUUCCCCCGUUUUGCUGUAUAUGGUACUGAGUACUAUAUCUGAUACGUGUGUGAUACAGUGAUAUCGCCCCGCACACUGAGAUGUUAAUGUACAGAGAGUUGUACUUAAACAUCUAGUCAGCAUCUAGUGUACAGCACUGUCUCAUCACUUUUUAUAUUUUUAUGAAAAAUAUACAACAGUGCUGGUAACAUUGUUGAAGAGUUUUGUAAUAUCUCAUAUCAUAUUUUCCUUAUGUUUUUUUCAGCCUGUUGAGACAUCACUUGACACAUUGGAUCAUUGUUCCCUAAGGCAGCAUUCUUUUGAGGCUAAUGCAUGACUUGUUUAUUUAUUUUCAAAAUAUGUAUACCAAAUUUCAUAUCAGUCAGUUUUAAUAUGCUUCCAUAUCAUUUUACAUAUUAAAUCCAUUAAUAAUUAUAGGAUUUAUAUCAUGAAACUUUGGCACCUAAAGUAAUGAUUUUUAGGAAAGUGUGUUAUGGAAUGUCAUGCAAGAGUAUUUGUCAACAAACAUUGAAAAACUAGAUAUCAAAGACUUUGUUUCAAAUUCUUCCAAAUUAUGUCUGUGUUGGUGAUAAUGAUUGUCAUUUAUUUACCCUUCCAUUUGCUAAUUCUCAUGUUUAUGUGAUGUCUGAAGUAGAUGUGAGCAUUGGUUAGUGUAAGAGUAAAUUUAAGAUGGCAUUUGAUUUCUAGGAGUUAAAGGUUUAUUGUUUAUCCACCUACAUAUCCUUUUCAAUUUUCAUUUUUCGAGGUUUCAUGAAAAGGAUCACAAUAUGCUAUGCCAAGACAUUAGUCAUGGUGGAUAAAGAAUUAAACUUUAACUAACCGAAAGAUUUGAUUUCAUUUCUUGUAAUAGAUAGGUUUCUUAGGAUACUAAUAAGUUCUUUUUUGUCAUAUCAGCAAAUUGUUUGUUAAAUUAGAAUGUAUAUUUUGUAUCAAAGAUUGUUGCCAGGAAUGUGUGUAAUUCUGCAUUAAGAAAUGUCACAUCCAGCUUGCUUGUUCUCAGAGAGCUUUGCUUAUAUUGCUUUAAGUGUAAAAUGGUACAAAAUGCUGUUUUCUUUGGCAAAAUGUUUCGUACCAGCUGUUUCUAAGGUACUGACUACUAUAGAAUGUUGUCUAGAAUAAAUAUAUGCUUUCUUGGGGAUGGUGAGAUAAAAAAUGGAUCUGAUGAUUUCUGUGACAGAAAUGCACACAGUAACGUAUCAAACUACUAUUUAUUCCAUGACCAUUGUGUUCGUGGAUGACAUUCCAGAAACAUGUACUAUGACCAUUGAUGACAUCAAUCGCAGGCUUAUAUCAUGAAACAAUAUGAAUAAAAUAGUUUACAGAAAUAUA